CUGAAAGGCACACAUAUGUGCUUUGAAGUAUAGCAUACUUGCGGAGUUUUGUGAUACCAUUUGACUUUAAGUGUAUCAAAUCCGCCGUGUGAACGAUCUAGCCAUGGUCAAAAAGACCGUAAAGUGUUCAGGGUGCGGAAUGGGAUGGAAAAUAGAGGUUUGUACGGAUGAGAAGACAGAGGGAGCUGACGCCAAGUGUAAGCUCCCUCUGUAAGUGUAAGACACGUGAUGACCGAAGUCAGAAACAGGCAAUCGAGCAUUGAUUACUGUCUCAUGACAGAAGGAAUAUAUGACAAACUUAGAGAGAUGAGAAUAGACGAAGAAGGCAUUAACAGCUUGGGUAGUGAUCAUAAACGCAUAAUAUUACAAAUGGGAUAUAAAACUGAAAAGAAGAACAUAGAAUCAAAGUUUGGCAGCUCGUAUCUAAAUGACAAACAAAUAACAAAUAUAGCCGCAAGAGUCGAGGAAAAAGUAGACGAACUACCAGGCAAAGACUGGAAGUAUAGUCCCAGUGAACCACUGAUAUCCUGUCAACAUAGAAAUAAGAUCCAUACGUCUACGUCUAUCGAUAACGUCUAAUCAACAUCCCCAUAAUGUGCCAUCCUUACAGUCUAGGGAGCCGACGUAUUAUUAACGUCGUAUGCACUUCUAUCUUAGACAAAAACUAGACGUCGCAAAUGAUGUCGCAUAUACGUGCUCACAACAUCAAAUGCAUUGCAAAACUUUCUGUCGUCUAAACCGCUUUAGUUGACGUUUAGAAUGAUAAAUUUAUUCUGGCAUGUAAAGUCUAGAAUGUGCUCGAAAAUAAAUGGACAUGUAACGUUCGAGCGUGCGUAAUGCCUUAAUUGCGCGAGGAGAUAAAGCGCGCGAACGACCAUAAAAUUAACAUGCGUGGCGUUAUAGUGCUGCCGUACAUAUGAUAGCGCGAAAUCAUGCAGCCCGAAGGUGCUUUUAAGUGUGAAGCACUUUAGGGGCCUGGGCUGUCGUCGCUUGGCGUAACGCAAGCAAAACCACAUAUAGAAAAAUAGAAAAGAGGAAGCAAGCGAGAAUAGAAAGAGAUGGAAAAGGAAGAAAUAUAGAAAGGGCAAGGGAAAUAAAUAGAUAAAAAUAGAGGAGAAAUAAAGACAGAAAAAAAGAAAGAGCGGAGGAAAGAAAGAGAUAACUCAAGAGAAACAAAGCAGACUUCCCAGCCCCGCACUUCCUUCAGGCUUGGCACCACUAGUGCAAAGCUGCCUUAAUUUAUUUUUUUAACCUCGUACUGCCCCGUUUGAGCAAUGGAGCAAACAUACAAGGUCGACCACAUCUAGUAUUCAAGCCAGUAAAACCAGAACAUUUAUUCAACUUCACCAAGGAAACAUAUGUGUCGUCUGAUCAAUGUAUCGAUAAACACAAUAACAAUUUUUUUAAUGAUGUAUGAAACACCAAGUUCUUUAUAUGAGCUAGGGCUUCAAUACAAGCUAGAAUGAGGUGUUCACCUUGGAUGUAGACGAGCGUGCAGGGCAUGGCUGCGGCUGCCCUUUGAUGCGAAAAAAAAUGUUACAGCAAGUCAAAAGGUACGUUCUUUCUCGAAGCGCUAUGUAUAAAUUCAAUAUAACGCUACUAUACAGUUCUGUACACAUUACACUCUAAAUGAAAACACGGGUGUCAAGAACACUAAAAAGAGUGUCUGGGUGCCUGAGAAUGCUUUGAAUAUAUUUUAAAUAUCGCUACUUUAAAACUGAUUUUGGUUUCGGUAUUGAGAGGGCGGCUACGCUGUGAGGUGUCAAGUCUUCCCAUGACGUCACGGGGAGACUGCAACUCGUGAAACAUGCACCUGCUGUCCUUUGCUGUCAGUCACAUGUGGUUCAUGAUGAGUGAACAGUUGUCCAGCACCCCCGAAAGUGAUUUCUGCGAUUUAGGCUGCAUGCAGGACGCAGAUAUCGCAAACCGUCAUCUGUGCAUGGCGGUGGAGCUGCCUUGCAGAUGCUGGGAGGUGAAAACUUCAAAAUCAAACUAAAAUAUUUUAUAAGUGUUUCCCAGCUCCCGUUUUGGAGAGCGUUAACACUACAUGCCAAGAAAACCAAAAACGUCUGUUUUGCUGCACCUCAAAAUCGUGUCAGUACUCCUUUAAGCUUUUCGUUGCGCCAGGCAGCUCACACCCACUCUGGGGGAUUGGCCAAGAAACUAUUGAAUUAUAUCUAAAUGUAAUCACAUAUGAAUGAUGGACUAUUGAAUUAUAGAAUUGUUGGAGUGAAUUAACAGUGAUAAUGUAAACUUUUGAAAUGAUCAUCACCGUAAAUUGACACGCGCUCUCUUCGUCCUCUUUAAUCUCAGUCCUCUGCUUCGCUUCCAAAACACGUGCGCCGAUUUCUCCGGCGCGGCCUGUAACAACUCUGAUGGGUGAGAGAACAAGUACAGGGAGAGGAAGAAAGAUAUAAAGAAAACGAAAAUCAUCGCAAAAAAGAGAGAACCAAAGAAAGAGAACAAAAUAGAGAAAAAACGUGGAAAGAAAGAGGACGCAAGAGAGAAAUAAGAGAGACAGUGAGACAAAGUGGUCACAGACAAUUUUUUACAGAUGCGCUUUUCCAUUGUGGAAUUUACUGAAGAGAAAACAGUAGCUGUUGUGCCCAACAUAUGGAUUGUUGGUGGCAAAUGCUAUUGGCCACCAGGACCUGGCUGCAAAAUGGCAACUGUUCAAAAAGCAAAAGCCCCCAACAAAGACUGGAAAAUGUACAGCAUUGUGGUGAAAACUACCUACAGCACAUAUCAAGAGGCUCGUAGAAAUCUGGAUCAAGCUCAGUACUCUGAUGUUGAAUCUGAGCACCUUCAGAAACGGAAGGUGUCAAAGCCAAGUCGUUACAUCAGCGAUGAUGAAGUGCCUACUUUUCAUUCACGCCUCACUGGUUCAAAUGGACCGUCCACAGAUGAACGAAUGGAGAACACUUGUGCAAAUGCUUGCGACGAAUUUCACGAAGGAGGAAACCAGUUGCAAGAGGUUGGCAACCAACAGAAAGGACAGAUGUCAAAGCCAAGCCACACCUUCAAUGCUCUUUUGAAACCCCCCAGCAGCUUCCCUGGCCCAUCUGGUUCAACACACAGAGACUGCGACACUCCGGCAGAAAACACUGAAGAUCUUUCAAGUGACUCUGACGAAUCGGAAGAUGGUUGUGAGAUGCUGGAUGGCCAGGAGACUGAAGCUGGCAUGCGUGACUCUGCCAUGGCUUCACCUCCUGCACGGGCAAAAAACAGGAAGGCGCUAACCCCAGAGGAGUUCCAGCAUGAAGUAUUCGUGAAGCUGACAGUGCUGCGAAUGGUUCAAAAGCAGCAUGGGGAACUUAUACAUGGGCUGAUCGGCCGGCUUCGGUCCAAUGCUGCCAAAGGAAAUGCACCUUUAGUUUCCAGCCCGUUCUCGGAGUACAAGUCACUGAAACAGUUCGAUAACAAGUUGACUGGCCAGAUGAAAGAUGUGCUUGUGGAAGAGCUUGCCAACAAAAGUGGAAUCAAUGCUGCUGCGUGCACAAAAAGAAUUCUUUGCUACCUGCUCUGUGACAAUCUUGCAGCGGAAUUCUCAUGGCUUGGAAAAAAAGGAAAGCGUAGAUUCAGCGAGCUCCGUCUUGCCUCUUGCAUAAUAAGUGCUGUGCAAAAGGUUCACGCUGCAAAUGAAUUUGCCAUAGAGGCAGCCAUUCGAGAAUGGCUGCGUCAUGCCCCAGCAAGGCACAGGAAUGCAGCAAGAGGAUCAAGUGGUUGUGAUGAGUAGCCGUGCAGCAUGAUGAAGCCUUAAAGGGGAACUUCGUUGAAGACUUUUGUUCAGCAAUUUUUCAUUCACAUCACUUCGAAGCGUUCAAGGCGAACUUCAUUGAAGACUUUUGUUCAGCAAUUUUUCAUUCACAUAACUUCGAAGCCUUCAAAGUGAACUUCGUUGAAGACUUCUGUUCAGUAAUAAUUUAUUCCCAUAACUUCACUUAUAUUACCCUUACAUUCAAAGACUGAUUUCAUUUUAUGUUCAAUAAAUGUGUUUGA